GUCGGUCGGGCACUGGGCUUUGAUGGCAGGUGCCUCCUCUCUCAAACACGGGUGUGACACACGAGGGUGAGGCGGCAGCCCUUGGGGACACGGCGGCGACAUCCACCAGCCCCUCGGGCAGCUCCCGGCCCCACAAUUUGGGCGAGGCUCUCCCAGCCCAGCGCCAGGCGGGCGCGGGUGCCCUCAGCAGGCCGCUCCGCGCACCGCCACCACCAGCAGCAGCAGCAGCAGGAGCAGUAGCAGCAGUACCAGCAGUAGCAGCAGCAUCAGCAUCAUCAGCCGCCGCCCCCCCGCCCUGCGCAGCGGCGGCAGGGGGCCGGCAGCCGGCGGAGCCUCCGGGCUCGGCCGGGCAGGGCCGGUGGGCGCCGUGGGAUGCGGGUGCCGACCGCAGCAUGCUGUGGGGGGUCGGGCUGGCGGCGCCCCGCUCCUGCGUGGCGGACCUGAGCCGCAACCGCAGCCUGUCCCUGGGCUGGUGCGCGGGGCCCGAGGAGCCGCCGCCCGCCCUCUAUGGGGGCGAGAUCGUCGCCUUCCCGCUGGCGGGCGCGGGGGCGGGCGGCACCAUGGCGGCGCUGGGCUCCGACUCGUGGUGGAAGAAGACGCUGUACCUGACCGGGGGCGCCCUGCUGGCCGCCGCCGCCUACCUGCUCCACGAGCUGCUGGCCAUACGGAAAGAGCAAGAGGUUGAUUCAAAAGAUGCUAUUAUACUGCAUCAGUUUUCAAGGCCUAACAAUGGUGUUCCAAGUCUAUCCCCUUUCUGUCUGAAAAUGGAAACUUACUUAAGGAUGGCUGAUUUACCCUACCAGAACUAUUUUGAUGGAAAACUUUCCCCUCAAGGAAAAAUGCCAUGGAUUGAAUACAAUCACAAAAAAGUAUCUGGCACUGAGUUCAUUAUUGACUUUUUGGAGGAGCAACUCGGAGUGAAUUUAAAUAAAAACCUUGGUCCACGUGAACGAGCUGUUUCCAGAGCAGUGACAAAAAUGGUGGAGGAGCACUUCUAUUGGACUCUAGCUUAUUGCCAGUGGGUGGAAAACCUUCAUGAGACGCAAAAGAUGAUUUCGGUGUACGGCCCCCUCAGUGACUUGCUGAAGUGGAUUCUCUGCCAUCUGACCAAAGGGAUCGUGAAGCGGGAGAUGUACGGCCACGGCAUCGGCCGCUUCUCGGAGGAGGAGAUGUACACGCUGAUGGAGAAGGACAUGCGGACUCUAGCGAGCCUCCUGGGCGACAAGAAGUACAUUAUGGGACCAAACCUUUCCACUGUUGAUGCCACCGUUUUUGGGCAUCUGGCACAGGCAAUGUGGACACUGCCAGGGACCAGACCAGAGAGGCUAAUCAAAGGUGAACUGAUUAACCUUGCUAUGUAUUGUGAAAGAAUAAGGAGGAAAUUCUGGCCAGAGUGGCACCAUGAUGAUGAUAACACUCUGUAUGAAUCCGAAGAAAGCAGUGAAGCAAGCAAGACUCACUCCCCUUUGCAGGACUUCAGUUUUUAUUCAAGGACAGAAACAUUUGAUGAGGAAGGGAACAGUAUUUCUCAUACCCCUGACACAGAUUACACUGGACACUCGCUCUUUGAUUCGGAUGUGGACAUGGAUGACUACAGAGAUCACGAACAAUGCAAAUGAUGUGUACAAACAUCUCCCGUUUUGCAGACAAGCUGUUUCUUGGGAUCAGUCUGAUUUAUUUUCUGCUCCAGGCUGGGAGGAGGUUUGUACCACCUCCAAGAGACCGUUGUGCUUGACUUGGUUGUCACAUGUUACCUGGACUGUCUCAACCUUAUUUCAUUUUGUGUAACUGUCCAGAUGGAACCAGGGUAAACAGAUACUUAAAACGCGCAUGGGCAAACUGGAGGUCCAGAGGGCAACGGGACUUUUCAAUCUACGUUUUUGCUCUCAUUGAAAAACAAAUCCCACAGCUGGGUGGGAGAAACAUCCAGGCGGCAAAGCACUUGUAAGAGCUGGUUUGUGUUGAUAUCUUUAUGGGAAUGGGUUGAGGACGAAAGUGCAAGAGGCGUUACUGGCACACUUUUCUCCUGUGGAAGAAAAUGAUUGAUGCUGUGUUGAUUCGGUGCAGUUUUGGAAGAAUUUUAUUUGAUAGCUACUUGCACGCUGGGUGCACGUGUUGUCACAGUGUCUGAGGUGAGAAUGAAUGCAUUGGGUUUGCCCACCUGUGUGAAGUUUAACAUCUACACCUGUGUUGCUUGGCCUUGACUGGUUGAUUUUAAGUGGAGAGAAAGCAUAUGGAAAUUACAGAUGGUUCUGGUCUUUGUAAACGUGUGUGUAAAAUCAAUUAUUUGCUUGCAAACGUUGGCGGUAGCCUGUUGAAAGUAGUUUAAUCAGGACUUUCUCAAUGAAUUACAGUUCCAUGAAUCAGGACCCUUCAGCAAAAAAAUGUCUGUUCUGGGAAUAGACAGUUUACACAUGCUUUAGGAUGCUAAUUGUUGAUAGUCUUAGUAGUCUGGAGCUUGAACUAGCUCCAGCUUUCAAAGGACAUGUUCCUUUCAUGGGCUGUGGAUUAUUUCCAUCAGAGGAAAAUGCUUGCUCUGGGGAACACCCAGCUAGCUGUGGCUCUGCAAGCGGAGGGACAGGUCUGCAGUCACUUCCCAUGUCUGUUCCGUGCCUGGGAGCUGCUGCAGUUUGGUCUGAGGUGUGCGUGAACUUGCAUCUGCUUCCUAAAUUCCUCACGCGUUUCCCUGGAGCCAUGCUCCAGUCUCUGUUUUCGUGGGCAAGCAGCAUUUGCCAAACGAACCCAAACUGAGGAGGAGGAUGGCGUCAUUCGAUGACUUGGGACCCUUCUCAGGAAACUAAGCACAGGAACAGGUCACAAGAAGAUAAGUCUUGGGCUUGAAAGCACAAGGGGUGGUGGUCUGAUAUGUCUGUGAAACUUCAUAGGUAAGUCAGGGCAGAUGCUACCUGCAAACAGUUAGGUACUGACAUUCUGGAUAACAGGCAUCUAUGUCAAGAAGCUCCUCUUUAAAAAAACACUCAUGUUGGAAAUUCUGAUAGAGAUGUUCUCAUUUAUUUUGCCGUGAAGUGAGCUUUGAAGCCGUGUGUUUGAAGGCUAUGCCUUCUCCGUCUUUUCAGCCUGAGGAGAAGGUGUUUCCAGGUAUGGAGCCCCUGCGGACAGCGAUGAGUCCCAGUGAUGAGUCGCCAUUAUUAAAACACCAGCCUGAGUUCAGCGGAUGGUCUCAUUGUUAUCAUUUCCCUGGGCUGACAGAUCUGCCAGUGGCAGCGAUGCUUGUGACUUCCCAAAACGCAAUCAGCCAGAAGCCAGUGGUGUAAUUUUACCCUUUGGUGUGUACACAGCUGGAGUUGGGUAUCACAUGGCUGUGCAUGGCAGCAGGCACAGGAACCGGCAUCGCCACCGUGGUGCAAAGCUGGUGUCACAUCACGGUCUUCGCCCGUGUCUGGAGGUCUUCCUGGGGGCUGGCCCAGAGCUUUGUUGCCAGAAUUGCUCCUGCUAUGGAUCCGGUGCUGCUGCAGAGCUGGGCAUCUCUCUCUCUGUAAUAUAGAUAUAUUAUAUCUAUAUGUACCUGUCUCAGUGUCAAAAGGAGCAGUGUGGUGAGAAAUACUCUGGGGAUUAAUCCUCCACAGGAGCUUGACUUCACUGUGGCAAGUGCAGUCAGGCACUGUGUUGCAGAAGGGUGAAACAAGAAGAAGGAUCUGAUGGGGCUGCGGAAGGGGGAGGAACUUCUUGUUGUCAGCUGAGAUUUUUUUCAGUGGUUUAAUCAGUUAGGUGAAUGUAUUCUGUAGCAUGUCACAUGCCUUCCAUUUCUUAGGAAGUACUCAGGUUAUUUUAAAGGAGAGGUUACUGAGUAAGUAGCUUUUUCCUCAUGACAGCUACUCCAGAUACUAUGUUUCAGUGUUUGGCCAUAUUUCAAAGUAGGGGUGAAAUUAGGAAACAGCAUCUCUUUAGGGAUUUGUAUGUAUAGUGUUUUGACAAGGUCUGAUAGGAAAUCCUUGGGUGUGUUUAUCCUGCCCAGAAGCAAAUACAGGCUUUUAGACCUCUUUAAAGGAUUUAAUCUAAGCCUUUUUCUUUUGGAAGCUGGUCAUGGCAAAAUGUUUCGGGGGGGUGGGGGGGGGAAUGUUUAAAAAAGAGCUUGCUUUAACAUCUAUGAAAAAGUGUCAGUUCAUUUUGGUUUGAAUGGGGAAGGCAUACAAGAGUUGUCUUCAACAUAAACAGAACAGAUUUCUUAAGCUUCCAAAAUUCUGCUAAAAGAGCAACGUUUCCUUAGGCCUGCAGCGUUGUUUUUUCCCCUUGAUCAUUUCUAUUUUUUGUCUCCAUGCUGAGGGGCUGUGCAGAACUACAAAUUGUCAGAGAGAAUCAUGGAAUCACAGAAUAUCCCGUGUUGGAAGGGACCCACAAGGAUGAUUGAAUCCAACUCCCUGCUCCACACAGGACCACCCAAAAACCAGACCAUGUGUCUGAGAGCACUGUGCAAACACUUCUUGAACUCUGGCAGGCUCAGUGCUGUGACCACUGCCCUGGGCAGCCUGUCCCAGUGCCCGACCACCCUCUGGGUGCAGAACCUUUCCCUAACACCCAGCCUGACCCUCCCCUGUCCCAGCUCCAUGCCGUUCCCUUGGGUUCUUUCUUUUUAUUUUUUUCCCCUCACUGUCCCCUGAUCAAAACUGCAAGCAUCCCGGAGGUCCUGGCCACGCUGCAGGGCAGGCAAGAAAUCAUGUGUCACCGUAGUGGUGAAACCUGGGACAGCCCCAUGAGGCUCGAUGGCCUUUUCAAGCUGGGGGUGAAGGAGGCCACGGCAUCGUGCCUGAGAUGAUGCUGGCCACACGGGGACUCCCUGCAGGGCAGGGAGUUGGAGAGCAUCACAGCCGCCGGCUCCAGACCUGGAAGAAGAGCUGGGGAGCAGCUCUUGCUGCUGCUGUGGGGCAGCUUGGUUCUGCCCCCUUGUUUUAUUUUAAACACUGCCAAAGGCCACCUAUUGCACUUCUUUCCGUACUGCUGCUCCAAGGCAAUGGUAAGUGGUCUUCUCAUUUGGCAAAUGGGAGGUUAAAGAACCCCCUGCGUUUCCAAUAUGGUUAAAUUUAAAACAGCCUGUUGUUUUUUUUUCUGCUGUGAAUUGAAGUGUUUGAUUGUGUAACGCUUUGUCGUGUCAGGAUGGAUUUGUCUGUCAGUACCGGCGUCGCUGGCUCUGUCAGCAGAGCUCACUGUUACUGAGUGGGGAAACAGAUGCUGGGAUGUAUAGGUCCUACAGAAAUCGUACAAAUGUGGUGCUUGAUUUAAAAACCAAACCGAACCUGAUGUUUCAGAUCUGGAGGACUGUUCCCAUCCAAUUAUAACACUGCAAGUCACACGUUUUGAUCUUUAGAACCUUGGCAGUGUCCCUCCAGAUCUGUAUUCUCUUUGAAAAAAUAUUGCCUGAAAUAUUUCUGCAGCAAUAGUUCAGGCACAAAUUUCCUUUUGUCAGUGAUGUCUGCUCAAGUAAUCAUGACAGCUUCAUACUGUUUUCAUUGAAAGGGUUGUAUCUGUCAGAUACCGAGCCGUACAAAAUAUUGCCUGCUGGAAAAGUGUGUUAUGUGCAGAUUUAUGCAGGGCAGCUCACAAGUGAAAUUUCUGUGGCAGGGGAUGAAUUCGAGUGGGUCUUGUCCUUAGAUGUUUGAAGAAGAAUUUGAAUCUGUUUUCUGACGGGUAGCUGCUUAGCCUAACCCCUCCAUCUCCAAAUACUACAAAAUUACGAAUUAGGCUUAUAAUCAAAAUAAAGGAAAUAACGCUCUGUGAGUGCAGAAUCAGGGCGGACAGCCCAGUAGCUGGCACAGGGGGGAUGGAGGCGCGUAGUGUAGGGGUGGGUCAUGGCCAUGCACGUUGGUGGCUGCUACCUGGAGGAACACCCAGGUAGCACAGUCUGAUCUUGUGUGGACCAGGAGGACUUGGAGGUACCCUUGGAUGACCGCAGUGGUUUUCAGCAGCUUAUUACUGCUCCCAGUCCGUGUGUGUGCUGUGCUGUGUUUCAGCUACUCGUUACUGUGAAGCGGGCAGCGGGGGGGACUCCUUUGAAGCUGCUGCUCAGGUGAGGCUGCCGGUGUGUUGCCGUCCCGUACCUGCACUGCAGUGUCAUCUGUGUCCUUGUGGCAAGGGACAGGGGUCCCUUCGGGUCCGAUUCCUGCACAGAACACUGCAGUAAAAGCAGCUUCCAGCUGACCAGCGAGGUGCAUGGGCUGGCGUGCCCAGUCGAGGGGAGACGUUCUCCGUCCCCCCGUACCGCCUGGGGCUCCUGCGGGAGGAUGGGGGGCGAGUGUUGAGUUUCAUACUAGUGACCCUACUGUUCACGGCUUUGCCUUAGCGGAGGGAAGUGCUAUAACACAGAUCAGCUCUGUCUCCGUGAUGCUCUCUUAGACGUCCAUCAGAGAGGGCUUCUCUUGCACGCCUUUGCUGUACGUGCCAAGGUGAAGAACUUCUCGGCAGAGAUUUUCACAGUUCCCUGAGGUGUUUGGAAAAGAAAUGGGAUGUCUGUGUGUACAGCAUGGGAAUCUUAAUCGAUAAAAUGGUCAGUGAGUCACUGCAGUGCUAAACUGUAAGUACCACAUCCUGUUUGUCCAACUUGCAAAUUUUUAAGGCCAGAGAUCAUUAUGGGCAUUGAGUCUGACUCAUGCAUACAAAGGACUGUAGGAUUUCCUCUAACGAUUUCCACAUUCAGCUCAACGAACUAAAGCAGCAAUAGAGCGUGUGCUUCCUAAAGGCAUUCAACUUCUGCAGAACCAAAUCCUGCCCCCUUGAAGUCACUGGCAGAAGUGCCGUUUGCUUCAGCAGGGCCAGAAAUUUCUGACCAAGCUUCCAAGAGACCCAGAAUUUCGCACUUCUCAUUAACGGGACUGUUCCCUAGAAUCAGACAGACAAGGUGUGACUUUUGUAUUUUUUUUAACUCUUUAAAAAUAAAAGAAAAAUCUUAUUAAGCUUCACUGGGCACGAGGUUUGCGUGUGUUCUUCCCUCUGUUUUUAGUUAGUUCUUGUGACUGAUCUUUCCUCGACUGUACAGGUUUUUAUUUUCCAGAAUACUUGAAGAAUACAGGUCCCGAAGUUUUAACUUACAGGGUGUGCAAUCCAGCAGGGUUAUAGCACGGGUGGAUGGGCAUGGGGGGAGGGUGAUACCCAGCUAUACGUGGUGUACAAGUUUUUCCUAACAAAAUGAAGUAUCACAUUGCUAAAUGAGGACUUUAAUGCUGUAGCUGCAUUAUGUUAUUUGUCUAUGUACUUAUAUGAGAGAUACAUUAUUUUAGCACUGUUAUUACUACUAGUUUAUAAAGCCAUAUUUAAAAUUGUACACUUAAUUGUAACAUAACUUUAAAUUGUGCACUGUGUUGAACCUUGUAUAUAUAUAUAUGAAAAUCUGUAUAUUUUGUCUUUAUGCCGUAUGUCAUUGGUGUGUAAAUUAUAAGUAAUGGAUCUAAAAUACC